UUCGCGAUUUUCUGACCUUUAUAGUGGUUCACACGCAACGCGAUAGCACCUUUCGACUCGAUUAAACUUAAAGAAAGUGAGAUGAAUUUGUCGAUAAACCGAUCAAGACAAAAGAAAUCUGUCUUUGAGCUAUUAUUGACCUGUGACACGUGCAUAUGAAAAUGCAUUUUCAUUUUAUGACCGCUUCGAGGUGAUUUUGUUCAGUUUAGUGACACGGCUUUCAAAGAAAACCGCUAGUGGUGGCAGUCAUGCGAAGUAAACACUACACUAAAAGCUCCACCGAUGAUGAUAAAAGGGUGGCGAGGCGGUGGGCCCUGGCAUGGACUGCCUCCAGCUGCGCCAGCCCCCCGGCCCAUUCCACUACCUGAUCAACGAGCAGGCGAAGUCCCUCGUGGCCCUCCAAGAGCUCCAGCAUGAAGUGGGCGCUCUUCUGCAGUUUCGCGAUCUCGUCAUCGAGACAUUUCCAAAUCUGCGGACCAAACUCGCCUCGUCGACGCCUGCCACCAUGACUUCGUCGCAUCAAAACUCCAACAUCCCGGUCUCGAUUCGGACAGCGGACUGGACACCCGGCGUCCGCGUCCGCAAAAAACUCGCUAGCAAGGACGAGACGCGCAAAAAGGGGGGCGAUAUCGCGGUGCAAGACUCCGGGUUCAGCACGGAGACGUCGAGUAAGGAGACGCACAGCGCCUCGUCCACGGCACCGACGGCUGCAGGGAGUCGCAGUUCUUGCGGAUCCUUCAAGUUUGAUGAGACUGAAGACGAGCUGUGGAACCUUCUGGAUGUGAUCCACCGGAAGGGGACGCGGUUGAAGGACGAGGUGGAGGCCCUGCAGGGGGCGAUCAGGGAGCAGGGGAACAUGAGGGAGGAGAAUGAUUUUCAGAGGGUUUUGUUUACGGGGUCUGCUGAUGAUAUCAGGCAGUUGCGGCAUGAGCGGGACCUCCUGUUGGAUCGUUUGGCGGAGAUGGAGGCUGAGGUCUUGGCCGGACGGGUGCACACGUCGAGGUUGCAGGAAGAUUUGGAGAAUCUUUUGUCGGCCAAACACGACUUGGAGGAACAGUUGAAGGCGGUGGUGUCGCAGAGGGGUGAAGUGAAUUCACGCAUACAUGACUUACAUUUGCAAUUUGUGACUAAAAGUGGGGCUAGUUCGCCGGAUGGUGAUAAGUCCAAGGUGCUAAUAGGUGAUAGUUUGAGUAGAAGAGAUUCAACGGCUAGUCAAAGGACACAAAGGAGAAAUAGUCGAAGUGCAUUGGAUCUAGUGCUUGGUGAUAGAAUACCCAAAGUUAAAGUGCCCGAUUCGAAGAAAAUUGCUGCCAUUUUGAAGGAAAGCGAUCCGCUGGUUCUGCAGAAACAUCUCCUCUCGACCACUGUCCAAAAUCAGGUUUUAUAUCAACAGCUUGACACCGCAGCGCGAGUAGAAAUCGGUCUUGCUGAUAAAUUAGACAAGGCACGCGAAGAAAACGAUGAGCUUCGAUUUCAGCUGGAGGACAAGAACAUAGAAUUAGAGGGAACGCGUGCCCGUGUUCGAAUGCUGGAACAACUCCAAAAGUCGAUAACCAACACCUCCCCCGACGUCAUCCCCGACCAUCCCAUCUCCCGUAGCGAAAUCACCACGGCUAGCAUGAAAGCGAUGAGUCCUCUACCUCUCAACCUCCAAAUGGACCAUUCGAGCAGCACCGAGUCGGCCCACGACCAGGCCGAGACCAACCGCAAGAACAGCGACAACAGCAAACGGCGCCCCAGCAAAAUCCCGCUGAAGAGCUACACGGCGCCGAAGCCACCAGGAGGUAAACACAGUCCCGCACCCGGUGCACGUAGUCGUAGCGGCGAAUCGCCGGGUAGACCGCACUCUGCACAGUCCUGGAGGAACAGGAGCGAGGGCAACAGCUUGUCGGGCAGCAAGAGCAACUCGUCCCUGCCGAAAUCCAGGAACGGGUCGCUCGUUUCGGCCAAGGACUCGCUUUCCAGCAAGCUUAGGAGUAGCGACUCGCUUUCCAAGCUCUCGUCGAGUAACAAUAGCUUUGGGAGUAACAGGGGCACCAUGAGGAAGACCUCCACGCCGGUUAAGUGGACCAAUAACUCCAAAGACGUUACCGAUAAGAUAAGUUUAAGCUCAGCAAAAGGAAAAUCUCAAUAUCCAUGGACUCUCUCUUCAUAUAACAGCGACUCUGGUUCACCUUAUCCAGACUCGUUGGAUAGAUCUGUGCAACCGACAACAAUUGAAACUUCAAGUAGUCACCGUUUUCAAACCGCUAACACAUUUUUAUGGAAUGUGGGCAGUACACAGAGUGAAUUUUACGACAGCAUUGAUUCCAAUAUCACUUCCAGUUUGUAUCAGCAAAAUGGCGAGGAUCUUGCAGAAUGCGACUCGCUUGAAAAGCAGUUAUCGGAUAUAUCCGACCAGAAAUAAGAUUCUUCUGUGUGUCUAUCACUUAGAACAAGUAUUAAAAUUUUAACUCUAGUAUUAUUUUGCACAUUUUGUUCUGAACAUUCCAUAAAAAUACAUCAAGUGCUAGAUUCAAGGGUAAAUUUGACGACAAAUUUUUAUUACUUGAAAAACGGUGCUUGCACUUUGCGCAUCUCCAUUUAAAAAUAUGCACCUAGGUAAUGUUAUCGGCCUGCUCGUCAGGUGGAUCCUCUUUUACUUUUAUUAUAUUGCAUGAUAUUUUAGUAUUUUAACGACAUGUCUUGUAAAUUAAACAAUAAGCUAUCUAUUUACAUAGGUAUAAUUUAUCCCUUUUUUAUUAUUUUUAUUUUUCUUGUUAUAUUUGCUGUGUAGGACUGUGAUAGGUGAUAUACAGAAGAACUUUAGAAAGAAGUGGCAAUUUUUACCUAAUUUAAGUUCCUUCUUACGUAUCAAAUCACUGAACAUCCCCGCUAACAUUUCGGUUUUUAAACAGUGUAAGGUUUUUUAUUUAUUAUUUAUUUCAAGUUCAGUAUUUUAAAGUCGAUUGAGUAUUUAUUAAUUUUAAGGAAAUCUUAGUGAGGGAUGUUUCUUGUAAGUUCAAAUAUCAUAAGAAGAUGUAAACACAACGAUCAUCAUGUAUCAGUGUUGUAAUAAUUGUUUUGAAAUGUAAAGACUGUCUACUAACGGAUAUUAACAGUCGAAAGCCACAUAAUUUGUGAUAUAUUAGAGUGCUCAUUCACAAGCGUAGCUAUUUCAAUAAAUGUAAAUGGUCAUUCAAAUUAUUAUGAGAACUAUUAAUUACCAUUUAUGUAAGCAGAUUCACAAAAUGGCAAAUUGUUUUUUAUUUUUAUUUUGUUAUAGCGUUUUUAUAUUUGACUGAUACUCAUUUUAUGAAUCUGCAGUUAGGUAAAAGUAUUGUAAAUAGUUUCUGUUUAUAUAAAUAAAAACCAUUAAAAAUAA